AUGCAUGUUUGCUCAGACUCACAUCCAACGAUGUCCGGUCGGCAGGUGCAUGUUGCCUCCGCCUUGGCAGCAUGGACAUCGGACGCGGCUACUUUGGCUGGCCGGGACCGACAUCCGCUGCCAACCCACGGCCCGGCCAUGGCCAAGGUAUGA